AACACAUUUGCGUUUUUACAGAGAAAAUUGUCAAUAAAUGUUGAGCCAGUUGAGAACAUCCACCCUAAAGGGUUGGCAUAGGGUUAUAAGAAAUUGUUCUACAAAUGCCGAUUUGCACUCGAUAGUACGUGUUGAUCAUGCAGGCGAAUUGGGAGCUGAUCGAAUUUAUGCGGGGCAAAUGUUUGUGCUCGGACAUACCGAAAAAGGUCCGUUGAUACAGCAUAUGUGGGAUCAAGAAAAGGCGCACCGUGCGAAGUUUGAGGAACUUAUAGUGAAAUAUAGAGUACGUCCCACCGUCAUGGUGCCCAUAUGGAACAUUGCCGGGUUUGCUUUGGGAGCAGGUUCUGCACUUUUAGGGGAUAAAGCUGCCAUGGCGUGUACAGUUGCUGUCGAAACUGUCAUCGUAGAGCAUUACAAUGAUCAGUUAAGACAGCUUAUGGAGGAUCCAAAUACGAAUAAAGAAAUUUUGGAAACUAUAAGGCAGUUUAGGGACGAGGAACAGGAACAUCACGAUAUUGGAAUUGAUCACGGUGCUGAACAAGCACCAUUCUAUAAAGCGUUUUCAGAAUUGGUCAAAAUGGGAUGCAAAGCUGCCAUAAGUAUAUCUAAAGUUAUUUAAUGUAUUGCCAUUUAUAUUUGUUAAUUAUUAAACCCUGUUUUGUCAGUAGGUAUUUAAUCAAAUUUUGCAAUAAAAUUCUUAAAACAAUC